AUGAGCGAAGAGCACCCGCUUCUUGGGAAGCCUUCGAAAGGUUUACCUGAGAAAGUGCAGAAAUUUGAAGACAUCAAUUCAGUCUCUUAUAACGUUUCCGAGUCUGUGGACGACACAAGCGAUGACUACUUUGACGAAAAGUUUCCUGUUAUUAAACAAGUCCGGAAGUCGAUGAGAAUAGCGAAAAAGGAUUCGGGGUGCUUUUAUACGCUUUUGUGUUUGUUUGGCGGGUGUACAAUAGGAUGCGUGCUCAUUUCAAUUGCGAUGGUUGUUAUAAUGACUAUUGUCUUAAUAAAAAACGUGUAA